AUGUUAUACUCGUUCAUCAAAAGUUCAAAACUUCACCGUUGGCUCAGUCAACCUGACUGUUCGCUGGCUAUUCAAGAGUGCAAAUUUCUGUUUGACAGCAUGUAUGCUCCCAAGAGCGCUGGAACUCUCAGUGAAGAACUUGCUGAAGAUCCUUUGGACAACACAAUAUUACAUGCACGACUAAAAUUCAAUGGGAUUGUCUAUAGCAGAGCCUCUACUCACAUCGGGAAUAGCCAAGUUUUUUAUUAUUCUCAGGGUGACUGGUUAUCGUCUCCUGUCCCUGGCAGUAUCCAACAUAUCUAUGCUACACCCACGUGUGAACUGGUGUUUGCUGUCCACAAGCUCCUCCUGCGUCAUGAUCAGUCCAUUGAUCCAUUUGCUAUGUAUCCUCAUUUUCCCACCAAAAUGUACUUGUCAAGCUCAAGUAGUCAUUUGGAAAAUGUCAAGGUAUCCUGGGUUGUUAGUCACUUUGCUCGAUGGGCAGUUUCGAGUGAUACUGUAGUCAUACUAUCUCUAUCUCGCGUAAGUACAAUUCACCUCAAGAAAUCACUGGUGUCUAACUACUGUAAAACAGGAUUGAUUUUCAAUUUCACUCUACUACAUAGUUUCGCAUACAUUUACAAUAUAUAA